AUGGAGAUAGCCGUUCAGUCCCUCAGAAUUGCUCACCAACAUAACUUAGUAGGAGAGAACUACUCCCAGGCCAUGAUGCUGGAACUGGAAGGAUUGGAUGCAGCCAGAAUUGACACUCUCAACAAACUCCUGGCAGGAAAACAAGCUGUAUCAAGGGCUUACAACAAAAGAGUUAAAAACAAGAGUUUUGAAGAAGGAGAGAUAGUCUGGAAAGCGGUUCUGCCCCUUGGAACACAUGUGGCUGGUUAUGGAAAAUGGUCACCUACAUGGGAAGGCCCUUUCAUAAUCAACCGAUCCUUGGAAUGGGGGCAUAUAGGUUACAAGAUAGGGACGGAGAAAUUCAUACUGCCCCAAUCAAUGGCAAAUGGUUAA